UUGAUUGAUCCGAAAAACAUACAUGGAUCCUUAAGUGUCGUCCGUAUUUAAUUAUUUAGACUUUAAUUUCUAAUCAUGUUGGUUAAUUCUCAAAAUAAAGAAACUAACUGUUUCUAGUGAUGGAGAAAAAGGGAAAGCAUCUUCCAUAUUGCAAGCUAGUUGUUUUCACGUGAAAGUUUACCUCCCUUCUCUAUCUUAUCUUCUUACAGAUUCUCAGUUACUAUCAGACCAUUUCUGCUGCUUUCCUUCUAUAAAAAGACACCAAAACACCCAAACACUAAUCACUCACUGAUAACUAUUACAAAAGAGAGAGAGAGAGAGAGAGAGAGAGAGAGAUCGACGAUCAUGGAGUCGGAGGGAAUAGAGCACCGAACAGUCCAAGUGAACGGCAUCAACAUGCACGUCGCCGAGAAAGGGCAUGGCCCACUCAUCCUCUUCAUCCACGGCUUCCCCGAUCUCUGGUACUCCUGGCGCCACCAAAUCCUCGCCCUCUCCGCCCUCGGCUACCGCACCGUCGCCCCCGACCUCCGCGGGUACGGCGACACUGACGCCCCCGCCUCCCCCUCCAGCUACACCUGCCUCCACGUGGUUGGAGACCUCGUGGCGCUCCUGGACACCAUCGCACCCGAUCAGGAGCAGGUGUUCGUGGUGGCCCACGACUGGGGCUCCAUCAUCGCUUGGUACCUCUGCCUGUUCCGGCCCGACCGGCUCAAAGCCUUGGUCAGCUUGAGCGUGGCGUUCUCGCCGCGAAACCCUCAGAGGAAGAUCAUCAAGUCCCUUCAAGCUGUUUAUGGCGAUGACUAUUACAUUUGCAGAUUUCAGGUCAACCUUAACAUCAGUCCCUAAUGGUAAAUUUGUUUACAAUUUAAUCAUCUUUCAAUUGCCUCUCGACUUUCAAUUUAGUUGUAAGCUUUUCUAAUGUUUUAAAGCGUGCCAUCAAGUUUCUUACAAUUUUCUUUGUCCACUAGAAUAAUUUGAAUAAACCAAAAAAAAUGUACAAAAACAUUGAAGGAUUUAAUGGUACGAAACAUAUUCGCAUGUUUUUAAAAUAUUAGAGGGAAACAGGUUUAAUGGACAAUUCAUGGGGGUAAUGGGAAUUACAAAAAAUUUUCCUUAACUUAUAUCAUGAAAUGAGAAAUGUAAGACUUAGACCAAAAAAGAAAAGACUAGUAAGAUUCACUUUCAAUUUUUUAAUUUAAUUGAACCUUAAGGCUUGCUUUUGCUUAUUAGUUUAAUCUCUACAAGCUACAACAUAUUGCAUUUGCCUAUUACGCUAUUCCAGUGAUUAUUUUAAAGAGCUUACUUUUCUACACCAUCUGGACAGAUUGAAAACGACCAUCUGUGUAAUGAAUCUAAAUCCCAAAGUAUUUUUAUUUUUUUUAUUUUUAUAAGUAGGAUGUGGCGUCAAUGACUCACUAUAUUGUUUGAUUGCAAUUUCUAUCUUUCAAAAGCAAAUAUUUGAGUCUGUUUUUGCUCAUCCUCUACCAACCCAAGUUAACCGUUAUUCUUCUUUAUAAUUAUGACGUAAUCCUGCUCUGUGUCAUCAAGAUUAAGUUUGGUUAAGCUAUACAUUUCAUUAAAUCUUUAUGAAAAAAAUAAUCAACUUUGUUAUAAGCUGAAAUUGCUAUGAAUGUUCUCUUCUCAUAGACUGUGAAUCUGAAUCAAUAAUCAAACUGGGUUUGUUCGAAAACACUAUUGUUUGUUUUUGGAGAGAAAGGUAAAUUCAUUACCAGCACAACAUAAUUACAAGAAAUGAGGCUCAACUACAAUAUAUGCACAUCCGAAAUAUGGACCACCACAGGAAAACAGAGAGAAGCCCAAAAAACAGACUUUUGUGCCCAAACAAAACACCAAAACAACAAGAUAGUAUCUCUGUAAUUUCGAAAUCCCAUACUCGCAUAAUAUCAAUUGCAAUUUUUCUUAUGACUAGACAAAUUACUCAUAU